UUUUCGUUCGCAUCAAAGUGCGAUCAGGUGAAGCAUGAGGCAUCCUUCCAGCAUCUUGGCGACCUACGAUCGGAGAGUCGACGGCGUCGGCGACUCGACGCUGCACUCAGCCAUAGAGAACGCGAGGGUGGCAGACAGGCGCAGGGAGAGUUCAUUGGUGACAAUGAUGGCGGUGAUAGUAUUUGAGCUGACGAAGAAGAUGGUGACUAAAACACAUUGGCUCUGGAGUUGAACCGCAAUGUGUGGUAACGUCCAGAGGAAUAGCACGAUGCUCACCGUUCAGUAGAUCCGACUUCGUGCCGAAGCACCUGGCCUUCCUGUAGCCCUACCAGCCGCGUGCGGAUACGACCGCGUCCGUAUAGCCCCCCCCCGGCUCAAGCGCGAGCGCCCACCCAGCGCCUGGCGGAGCGCACGCGCGCGGACGCUCCCCCCCCAGGGGGUCGUCCGCCGGCGCUCAAAGGGCUGUAGCAGCUGGGAGAUGCGCUGGGGCGCGCAGGCCCGGCGCGGGCCCGCAUGGGCCAUCCCUGCCGCCACCGUGGCCAGCGUGCUGGCUGGGUCGCCUGACGCCGCUGCCAGGGCGCCUGCCUGCUCCCCGCGGCCCGAGGAUUGGCACGAGAGGUGGACCGCCGCGCAGAUCGGCCGCUGCUGCGGCGAGGCGACCCUCGAGGGGCAGAGGUGGAUCUGCCCGGGGCCGGGCAGGCUGGCGCCGGCCGGGGCGACCAGCAGCGCUUCGUCGGCCUGGCCGCCGGCGCCAGCGCGGAGCGCCAUAGCGGGGCGCAGCACGCAGCAUGAUUGUUCGGGCGAGCGCGGGGCGCGUGGGUGGCCUAACGAGAAGCGGGCGUGGUGCUGCCUCACCCAGAAUGUAGGCUGCAGGCUGGAGGGGGAGGGGGAGGCAGGCGAGCACCACUGCGAGGCGGGAUUCGGAAACUGGAACGAGAGCUGGCCCCAGUCGAAGAAGGACUGGUGCUGCGCGGUGGAGGGCAAGCCUACGUGCCUGUUCGACUGCAAGGCUGGAUUCAGUAACUGGAAGGAUGGCUGGUCCCAAGCGAAGAAGGACUGGUGUUGCGUGUGGGAGGGCAAGCCCACCUGCCUGUUCGAUUGCGAGGAAGGCUUCAGCAAGUGGGAGGAGGACUGGCCCCAGGCGAAGAAGGCCUGGUGCUGCACGAACAUGAAGUAUCCUACCUGCCAGGCCGACGUGAACGAAUCCGACGUGAACCCCGAGCCAUCAACCGGAAACGAGUCCGCCGUGAAUCCAGAGCCCGCAUCAGUGUUUUCGGGCCCGUUCGAUUGCAAGAAGGAGCUGGACGAUUGGGACAUCGCGUGGUCUUUCAGCAAGGUGAAAUGGUGCUGCGAGAAGGCUCAGCUCGGUUGCACUGGUCUUGUGCCAAAUAUAACACCGCAGGAGCGGUCAGACCAUGUGAUGGAGCCGGUCGGCUUGCAGUGGCGGACAUGGGAGGCCUCGGAGGAUUUCUGGCAAUCUGGCCCAAUCCGUGCGUUGCUCUUCAUCCCGCUCGCCGUGGCCGCAGCCACCCUCGCCGCAACUGCCGUGUGCAUGUGGGGAGGCGCUUGCCUCCAAUCGCAGCCUGCCUACAGCCUGCCACUAACAGACCAUGAAUAGAACCAUGGCGAUGCUCUCCGGACAAGCGUCUGGUCUGAUCGAGGAGAUUUUGAUCUUCGUUUUCAGUACGCGUUUCCGGUUCCCGCCACGCACUCGACAUCUGCCCGCUGAGCGAGUGCGCUGAUAACGGCACCCGUGGGGCCCAGUCUCCCAAGGAGGGGCGCUUCGGCCCGUGGCUGGCGCGUGCGGCAUGCCAAAGAACGCUCGCAAGAUGAAUUGGGGGAGACGGUCGGAGGAUAGGCCUCCAGAAAGGGCCGUCCUCUAUCGAACACGCCUACGGCGAUUCACCGCCGCCCUUUGCCCUUUCGGAAGCGCC